CAACAUGACUAAAUACUAGAAACAGCCAGUUAGCCCGGUCAGUUACCAGCACUUUAGUCACUGUUGUUUCUCUUGACUGUGUUGACUGGCAGGGCAAUGAGUGGAGGACAUUUGCUGCUCUUGGCAGCAUUUGUGGUCCUGGCAAGAUGUCAGCCAAAGCCAACAGUUUCCAUAUUACCAAAUUUAAAGCAGAUUUUCUCUGGGGACUUACUUUAUUUGAGCUGUGACAACAUAACUGGGAGCAACGUGAAAUGGUACUUCAACAACAAUCUGGACAAACGGCAGAUUAACAAAACCUGGAAGAUAGCAGUUGCUACCUCCAACAACAACGGCUCUUAUCAGUGUGAAAGCAAUGGGCAAAAAAGUGUCAGCCUCCCCCUCAAAGUCCUGGAAUACCAUCCCAGAGCCUCACUCACCAUAUUGACAGGCCAGCCAGUGAUGCAGCCUCACAGUUCAGUUAUCCUGAUGCUUGAGAAUGACGAUGGUCUGCAGGGAUGGAGAUGCCGGGUCUUUAGGGGAACGGAGACAAAGAGGAUUGUGUUGAGGUUGGAGGAGAGCAGUAAGAAUGUGGUCUUUCAACCCAGGGAACUGAAUGUCCCCGAGACCAUUUUCUGGUGCAUUAAUAGUAAAGAACAACUAAGAAGUAACCAAAUCAUAGUCAGGACCUCAGGGAAGGAAGUAUCGCUGGAGAUGGAUCCCCUGCCUGCUGUAGCUGGGGAAAGUCUCACUCUGUCGUGCCUUGUCUGGGGCACAGAUCAGAUCACUCGCACUGUUUUCUACAAAAACGGUGCAACGAUUUUCCCAAGUGCCAAACUUACCCACACAAUCUCUAAUGUGACAGAAUCUGACCGGGGACAUUAUAAGUGUGAGGCCAUCUUCACAUACGUGGCCCGCACUAGUGGAUCCCCGUACCAAGUGGUCUCUGAUGAUCAAGAAGUGUUUGUCCAAGAGGCUCCUAUGAAGGCAGUUCUCUCAGCAAACAUGGGCAUGUCAUGUGAUUGUUUACAUUGUCCCAGUGUUAUCUCCUAUAAUUGGUACCACAAGAAAGAUGAUGGCCAGCGAUGGCAAUUUCUCGAGCAAAACAAAGGAUACAUGAUGCCAACAGAAAGUGGUACUUAUGGGUGUAGAGCUGUGUUCAGUGACGGGAUGACUUUUCUCAGCAACAGUCACGUUUAUAAACCUCCGAUCACAACCAUUCUAGUGGUAGUAGUGGUAAUCGUGCUGGUGGUUCUAGGUUUGACAAUUUCAGCUGGAGCUUUUUAUAUGUGGUAUAAGAAGAGAAACACCAGCGGACCAAUAUACGAGGAUGUGGCAAUGAAGUCACGAGGAGAUGACAAAUAUGAGACGCUCCAAAAAAGAACGGGCGGCGAGUACGACACCCUUAACCCAGAAGCACCGCGCACAGAGAGGAAAGAGGGUGAAUAUGAACCACUGAAGAAAGGGGAAAUGAAAGCUGAGGUGUACCACACCCUGGGGGUGGAGGGGGCAGCAGGAGGAGAAGGUGGAUAUGAAGCACUGAGGAAAGGGGGAAUGAAAGGAGAGGUAGAGGGAGAAUAAGAAGCAGUAGGGAAGGAAAAAGAAUAGUGAAGGAACAGAAUUUAGCAGAGGAGCAAAAGACUCCGCUAUGAAGGGAAAGAGAUUUACAUAUACUCACAAUAACAGCAUUACACAUGUAUUCAUUUAACUCAAUCAAACUUUUUUGUGUUUGUGCUUCAUCAAACUAUCAUAAAUCUGCUUUCAGUGAUGGGUAAAGGGUGAACUUUUAUUUUUAAAAUAUUUCCUUGUAAAGUCAUAGUGUGAUGGGGAAAAGCCUCCUGAUUGGACUUUUGUAUCUUAUAAUGUAUUUGCCAUACCAAUACUUUUUGUAAUAUUAUAUUUGUGCACAUAAGAAAUGCUGUAUUACUGAAUAGAUUGUACUUUAUAUUACAGUGCAUAUGUUGAUCAGAUAUAUGAGCUUAAUCUGCAGUGCAAAUGCAGUUGCCUAAGAUUCUUAAGCUUCAUUCCUGUUGUAUUUAAUGUGCUGAAAUAAAUGUAUUUUGACUAAA